CGCUACCGGAGCGCCGUGGGUUUGACGAACCGCGGCGCCGGCCGGGCCCGCUUUCUGAAGGGUUAACGCGUGGCCUGGGGCCGCUUUCCCUCCGCAGCGAGUCCUCAAGUUACGUAAAGCCGCCCAGCGGAGCUCCGGGGCGGGCCGCGACCGAAGUCACCGCUUGGGGAACGCGUGGGUGCUCCGAUCCGUUCCCGAGCGCUUACGUCUCGGAGAUACUGUUCUUGAAAAGAAGAGACAUCAUGGCCUAUACACUGAAUGAACCUUAAGCACUUGGACUGGAAACAGGCUGUUGUUUUUCUUUUUCCAUGAAGGAUGGCAACACCGUUUGUUCCUGUUCCUAUUCCUGUUGGAAGUUCAUCAUCCAGCUUUACAAACAGAAACCAAAGACGUUCUUCUUUUGGAAGCAUCUCAACAAGUUCCAGUUCCUCAAAAGGACAGCCAGAGGAUUCUACAGUUGGUAGUUUUAAAAAGAUGAGCAUGCCUGACCAGACUGGUUCUACGUCAUCUGCUUGUAGCAGUCCACUUGUUAGGACUAAGUUCACUGGUCUGGAUACAUCAAUAGAGUACUGUACUCAGCCCAUAGAAGAAAUAGAGCAGAAUACAGAUUCCAGGAGCUGGGAAGAUCGGCCUUCCACACCUACUAUACUGGGUUACGAGGUGAUGGAGGAAAGGGCGAAAUUCACUGUGUACAAAAUACUGGUAAAAAGAAGUCCAGAGGAAAGUUGGGUGGUUUUCAGACGGUACACUGACUUCUCCAGGCUCAAUGACAAGCUAAAAGAUAUGUUUCCAGGCUUUCGGUUGGCCCUUCCACCGAAGCGGUGGUUCAAGGAUAAUUAUAAUCCUGAUUUCUUGGAAGAUAGACAGCUGGGACUACAGGCAUUCCUCCAGAACCUCGUAGCUCACAAAGAUAUUGCAAACUGCAUUGCAGUGAGAGAAUUUCUUUGUCUGGAUGACCCUCCAGGUCCUUUUGACAGUCUAGAAGAGAGCAGGGCUUUCUGUGAAACUCUGGAGGAAACAAAUUACCGUCUCCAAAAAGAACUGCUUGAAAAACAAAGGGAGGUGGAAUCACUGAAGAAAUUACUAAGUGAAAAACAACUUCAUAUAGAUGCUAUUGAAAGAAGAAUUAGGGAUUUAUCUUCGGGAAAAAUGAUUCGUCAGAUGUCAGGAGAAGAAAGUGAGUGCAGUGGUGAGGUGGAGUCUUCUGCGGUAGAAGCAGACCAGGGUACCCUGGGUGAGAACAGCUGCUCAGAUAAAGAGAACCAUCACGCGGCGUGCUGGAGUGGCUCUUUGCCUGAAAAUUCUGUACCAGAAAUUGAAGUUGCUGAAGUAGCAUAUACUGCUGAUGAAGAAGAAUAGAUCAGUAGCAGCUGCUGUUAUCUAGGAAAAUUUCCUGUUUGGGACACGUUUUGUGGGUAGGGGCAUACAGAAGCUGUAAGGAAUUUACAGCCAAGAGCAAGAAUGCACAUAUCGAAUGUUUACAUAAAUCCUUACAAAUUGUUAACAUAAGAAAUAUACCCAGUGCUGCUUUCAUUUCAGUUUUUAUUUAGCCUUUAUAUAUUUAAUAUAUUUAAAGUCUAAUAAGGGCUAAGAUCAGCUAAAACUUAGUACACAUCGACAAUUUGACUGACUUUCCUAGCAGAGUGACAACAACUUCAAAUCACCAAACACAUUUAGCUUCUUAAACGUGACACAGUUUACUGUGUCACAUCAGAAUGGUGCCACUGACGUGACACAUUUGAUGUGUUCUUCAGUUUGGUAUUUGUGUCUUCAUAUCAUAUUCUUAUAGCCAUAAACUGAUGAACAAUGGAAUAAAAAUGGACUCAUCUUACGUUUAAUAAGAGUGUAGCAUAUGUUGUUUUUAAAUUCUGAAGUUGGAGAAUAUUUGUCUGGAAAUUUUAAUGCAACGCAAUAGGAAAAUGUACAGUACCAGGAGAAAAAAAUACAUAUGAAACAACAUUAUAAUGUAACAUUUUUUAGGUAUGUUAAAGAAAUGGUCAUUUUUGCUGAAGGAACUAAGAUGAGACCCCCGAAACACUGUGUAUUUUCAUUCCAAGAUGGCAUACUACAAUACUUUUAAUUGGAUGCUGCUUUUAAAACCUGGGAUACCUUUGCUACGUUACCCAUGUAACAAUAAAAUCAGCAAGUUUGCCUUUUACUUGGAACACUACCUCUUAUCAUCUUGCUAAUGCAUUCAUGUUUGCUUAAAAAUAUUUCAGAUUAUAUGGAGAUAACUGAAAGACUGUAAAGAAGCCAUAUUUUUUUCUGCACAAUUCAUAACUAGAUUGAAUCUAGUUGCAAUGUAUUUUUGUUUCAAUGUAUUGUACGUGUGGGAAUAUUGCUACAUAUGUUCUAUAGCCUAUUUUUCAAAACAUAUUGAGACAGGAGAUGCACUUUAUAACUAAGACUCCAUUGUGCCAAGUUCAGUUGGCUAAUUGGUUGAGAAAGGAGUCACAGGGAGAGGAUUAUGUAGUGCCUUUUUGUAUUUUACUUGUUCAUUACUGCAGAAUUUUGUUACAGUGCUCUGGGUCAGCUUUGUGGAAUAUUUGAUACAGCUUGUUUCUUUUCUUCACUUAUUUACUGAAAGUGCCUUGUUUUAUUCUGCUUUUCCAAUAGAAAGAAUGCUGUUUUGUUUUAAUUUCUUUUUUUCCCCUAUACCACCCACAUCGUUGUUUAAUGUUGUUAACAUGCAGUGUCUUUGUGCUGGAGUUUUCAAAGGGAGCUUUGUACUUCAGGCUGUGCAUACAAUGACCUUUAUGCAGAACUGUAUAAACCUUCCUGGUGGAAUAAAACUAUAGUCAAAACA